AUGAGCCCCACCAGGAAGGGGGGAAUUCUCCCCUCUAAUCAAGAGCCGCGGAGAAAGAGACAGAAGACGAAACCCAGAAAAGGGACAAACAACCCUGCAGACCAGGAGAAGGGAAACGCACAAGAAAAACGGAGACGAGACACAGAAAAAGACGACCUUCGAGAGGCGCUCGGAGAUGAUAGGCAGGGACAAAGCGUCGAGGAUCGAGAGGAAAAGGAAGCGCGGUCCGCUUCGGUGUCUGUUCGCGGAAGGGAACAGAUCCAAGCGAUGAAGGAAACCGCGGGGGCUGAGGGAAGGAGACAGCGGAGAGCGCAGCACAGAGACAGAAGCGCGGAGACAGUCCACGUGAACACCCUCGCGGCACAGGACGAGACACGCGCGAGCGGCGACGGCGACAGAAGCCAGAAAGGGAAAAAGCGCCGGAAGACAGAGGGGGAGAUGCAGUCAGGGGAAAACGAGCGGGAGGCACAGGCCGGGGAGAAGGAGAGCAAGGCCACUCGCCGAAGAAUGCGCGAUCUCGAUGAAACAAAAGGGGAAGGAAAAAGAAUGAAAGUGACGCGUCGCGAAACCCUGGACGAAGGAGUUCACGAACCUACCGCAGAGGGCAAGGCGAGACACCCACCCGCGAACGGCAACGCCCCGUCAGGCGCCUUUUCUUCACGUGUCUGUUCGUCUUUUUCUUUCCAUGCUUCCCUUUCUUCGGAUGCCUCGUCGCUUUCUUCUUUGCCUCGCUCUGCACGUCCUCGGUCUUCUGGCCGGGGCCGCGCUCGACCUGAGGAAUGGCCCAGUCCUCGUGCACGCCUUGUGCUCUUGCCUUCUGCUUUCUCGCCUCCGGCCGACCUCGCGUCUCUUCCUCGCGAGCGAGACGCAGGCACGCAGGCGUCUCCUGAGUCGCCUUCCCACACGCAUCCCAAGGCGUCUGAUGCGCCCUCACGUUCCGAACCGGAACGGGACUCUGACGCUGCCUCAUCUGCCUCCAAGGACCCGAAGCGGCUGAGCCUCUUUCACCGUUUCGACAGGGGAAUAAAGAUGGACGAAGACAUGUGGUGGUCUGUGAGCUACGAAGACAUGGCUCUUCAAAUGGCGUCGUGCUGCUCGUGCCCCAUCCUCUGGGAUGCUUUCGGCGGAGUUGCCGGCAACGCCACGCACUUUGCUCGCGGAUUUUGCGGCUUCGUCAUUUGCUCGGAACUCUCGCCUGAACGCGUCCACAUGGCCAAGCACAACGCGUCUGUCUAUGGCCGGAAAGUCGCUAGCCGCGUCGAUUUCGUUCUCGGAGAUUUUCGUCACCUCAGCUCGCGGAUCUUCCGUCCGGGCGUCUUUGAUGGAAUUUUCCUCGCGCCCCCCUGGGGAGGGCCCUCCUACCAAGCCUCCCCCGUCUUCAACUUGCGGCGUCUCGGCGCAGAGUUGGACACAUUCGACAUUGUCCGGAACGCGGCCCGACUUGCGCCGAAUGCUGCUCUCUACUUGCCCCGGAAUACGCGCCUGGGCGAUAUUCAGGAGCUGGCAGAGGUUUUCGAGCACUCGCAAACACGCAACGAGGGCGCGAGAGAAACCACGAUUCAGGAGCCCCACCCCGAAGGACAAGACGACGACGGGCUCCACGGAGAUGCAGCGAAACCCGAAAACGAUGAGCAGAGAGAAACAGGAACUGGCGUCGUCAGGACGUCUUCCGCGUCUCCAGGGACUGCUCGAAUGCCGUGCCCGCGGAGUGCCGCGCGGGUGGGAGCGAAGGAACAAGAAGAAGGGAAGGACGGCGACGUGCAAAGAGACACGGAAGGGGCAACAGAGAAGCAUGCGCCUGGUUCUCGCACGACUUCCCCUCUGGCUGAUGAACUUGACUCUCGCGACCUCGCUCCGACGGGUUGCGCGUCGUCCAGUCCCCUCGCAGUUGUGCUCCUGCAUGCGAACCGAUCGCAGUUUGGGCAAAAGGCUCCGAAGCUGAGACGCGAGAAAGGAGACUCCAAACGCGCAGCGGCUGCUCCCUGCGCUGGAGGGCCCAGGCGAGAAGGGAGGAGCGACGCGCACCCGAACGGAGGGAAAGCUGCCGCGGGUGCGUCUGAAGGCGCAGAAAAGAGUGCAGAAGACGGCGACACAGACACCUUUUCUGAGGACGAGCGGAACGACAGAAAACGGGGAACCCCGAUUCAAACCCACGACCGGUUCCGUGACAUCGGCGCAGUCCCCUCGGCGAACGAGACUCAAACGGCUCAGGUGGAGAAGCCAGAGACGCCAGUCUGUGCCUCACGUGCUGCCGUCUCCGCCUUCAACGAGAAUGCCGUUUCGGGAUUUUCGGCCUGUGGCAUCGCUGCUUGUCCGAGAUGCACUGCACGGGCCCUCCGCAGAGGCGCGAGUCCGAUUCCUAACGAAGAAGGAGCGGAGGAACAAGGAAAGCGCGAUGAGUCAGAAGACGAAACGCCAGGGAACCGGGAAGAGCCCGCCUGCUCAGCACGCACCGUCGAUAUGCUUGAUGCAUCCUGGGAGCCGUCGGGCACCUGUCCGUUUCUGCUGCGAGGCGACAGGCGGGACGACUCCGCAUGCGUCGCGCCUUUGUUGUGUGGGCACGCCGCCUUAGACCACGCUCUUCCGGCUUCGGAUUCUGCAUCGCCUGCGGCGUGCUGGAGAUGGAAACUGGUCGGGAUCACUGUUUACUUGGGAGGGUUUGCUCGCAGGCUUCAACGAGCCGCCACUGCUCUGGUGACCACGUCUGCGGUUCCGCCCUGUCCCGUGUCCCUCUGUGGCUCCGCCCCCCCUUCGUCGUCGCCGCUUUCUGCUGCGCCUUCGGCUCUCGUGUCUCAGUCUGUUCCUUCCGCCCUUCCUUUCUUCUCCGCGGCUGCGUUGCCUCCAUCGUUGUGCCCGACGCGGAUCCAGGCGCGCGUCCUGGCUGUUCUUCAGUCUCUCGCGAACGCCUCCGUUCACCUCCUCGGCCUCGCGCCUGCUCGUCCACUCCCACCGUUUGCGUGUUCGCCCUCGCUUCCCCGUUAUUUCUCGCCCUUGCUGUCGAAAACGGACUCCGCCGUUGUCGGGAGCUCUGGUGGGGCGUAUCGCCUUUCGCAGCUAGGAGACAGCGAGGCGGUCUCCCGAGGCGAAGAAGACACAGAGGAGGAGCGCGCAGCGAAGGCACGAGAACCGAAAUCUCCAGCCCCCUUGCCUUUGAAAGGAGAACGUGGGGAAAUGUGUGGUGACGCGGCAAGCGACUGCGGCGAAGAACGGAGACAGAGACAGGGCAACGCACUUGAAACCGUGCCUUCGCCCCUUACUCUCUCUCCGUUUGGAGGGCCUCUCGCUCUCCUUUCUGCCGAUGACGCAGACCAGGAAGGCCCUGGCUGCCUUGUCCCUCACGAGCGUGCUGGGGGCGCGUCGGGUGAUUCGUCUGCUGUGCCACAUUCGCCUUCUUGUCGCCCUGCCACGUGCUUCGUGACAGUCGGGCGAGUCAAGCUUGAGACUCCAGGCGGGGGGUGUUUUGCGUCUUCUCGGGGCCGAGACGCCGAGACAGAAAAGGCCCUCGGCCCGAAGGGAGGGCGGAAACGAGGGCGCAGCGAAGACGCGAGAGCACAGGAGCCCCAGCCGGUGUCUUUCUUUCCUGCUUCAGCAGAACGUGGGCGUCUCCACUCGUGGGUGUAUGGAGGGAUCGUUCGUGCCUCACCGGCACCAGGGGCGGAAGGGACGCAGUGGACACACGGUGGCGGCGAGCGGGGCUCUGCAACUGCGCCGAAGCAGCCGGGCGAAGAAUGCAGCGAGGACCACGCAGGCAAAAACCCAGGCGAGGCGGCAGACACACAGAUGCAGAAGGAACACGAAGCGAAGGGAGAACAAAGAGAAAACGGAGAAGGUAAAGAAAACGGAGAAGAAGGAGUGGAAGAGGGGAGAACAGCUGAGGCGCGGGUGGGAGACAGCGAGACAACACUGUUUCUGUGGCAGGCUGCGCGCCUUCUUCUUUCUCUUGGAGCGGGGGCGAGGGACCGGAAGAAAUGUGAAGGAGAACGAGAACACGAGGAGACAGAGAACAAAGGUGAAGGCGUUCUAGGAAAGGGGCCAGGCGGAGAGGAGGACAGGGCUGGUGCGUCGGCUGGUCGUCGCUUUUAUGCCUUCGCGGCGGCCACCAAAAUGAUUACCAGUGUUUUCGUCCAUUUCUUUUUAGCUGCGAUGGUCGAGCGAGCUGUGGAUGUCCGAGCUGUCGAUACACGUGGGAAUGCCAUCUGGUCCCGUUCUGUAGGCCAAGGCGCGGAAGGCGAUCGUCGUUCUGCUUCACACAGCGAAAAGACUCAGAAGCUGAGCACCGAAACUGCAGAGAGACGAGAAGGCGCGAGCGAACGAAGGAAUAGCGAGGACGAGGAGGAUCAGAAAGAAGACGAGACUCAAAAGGGAGAGAGAGAGAGGAGGAGGAGGAGGCUCACUGUUGUAGACGAGAAAGAGACCGCUGAGACGACAAAAGCGAAUGAACAACGGGAGGUGGUGAACGAAACGGAAGCCCGCAAAAAAGAAAGCCAGGAACGGGAUGGUGAUGACGGCAGGCAUCGUCGGAUAGGGGUGAACAAGACGCGAUCCAGAUUUUCUGUCACCGGAGAAAGCGAUAGAAACCUGAUCGAGUCUUCUUCUCCGGCGGUUUCAUGGAUAGAUUCGCUUCUCAGUGGAACGGGAAAGGCAGACAUCGAGCGCGCGUGCGCUUCUGCGUUCUCCAUGCUUGUGCGCGGAAACACAGACUGGGGGAUGACUCAUCCCGCGCAUGCAGAUGAGAAGCAACGUGAAACCCGGUUGAGAGGUGACGAAGAGUGGGUUCCAUUUUCACACGUGGCUAGAGAGCUCGCAUGCAGUUUGAUGAAAAAUAGCAGUCUCCAGUGGGUUCUAAAUCUCCACGUCGAGAGGCUUGUGGCCAUUCUCGCCUCCUCAAAUUGA